AUUCCAAAUUUGUUGUAGGCUCGCGGCGGAUGAUGGAAGAUGAAUGAAGCGACUAGCUAGCUUUCAGCUGGCGUUAUCAUCACAGCAUAUUAACUGGUAUUAAUAUGCAGGAAAAAGAAAGCACGGAAUAAUUAAGACACCUUCGGAACUGUUUAGAGAGUCCGCCUAGUGGGUUCUGUUUGCUCGGCACUUAAACUAAACAGGAAUUGAUCCGGGAGUAGCUUGUUAACAACAAACGUUAGCAUGCAUUGGAGGUGGUUGCUGGAUUGAAACUGUCAGCUGAGCUGAGGCAACAGUGCCACCAUGUAUUCAAACCCCAACAAUACCAUAAAGCCCAGCUGUGAUAGCAGCAGCAUCACUGAGCUGCUGGGUGCCUUGUGUGACUGCAGUCUAUCUGGGGUGUCAUGGAAGCGCCGUGCCCUGGGAGGAGUCUCCAGAGAGGGUUUCCGCAAAGCCCUAAAGAAGCGUGCCUAUGGUGCUCUGCUGUCCAAGCUAUUUCAAGAUGGCACCAAAGCAUCUGUCUCAGGACCAAGUGCCAUGGCUAAUACGCCACCCAGAAACAAAGUCCUGAUGAUAUGCUUUGACUUGCGGGUGGCAGGGUGCCGAGAGGAAGCAGAGAAGCUGGAGGAGCAGCUGGAGAGGCUGCCGGAGGGAGGAUCUUCUGGCCUGAAGGAAGUAGACUCAGUCCUGGAGCUCCUGGUGCACCUAGCUGGCUCUUCACCUCCACCCCCGACCUCUUUCAGCAGGGACUACAUGAGACGAGAGAGGCCUGUGCUGCGAAGGCCUCAACCCUGGAGCUACCAGAGUGAGGAGCUGCAGAGGCUAGAGGCGCGGGCAUGGGGACUAGUGUGCGGGGAGGAAUGGGGGACUUUGGAGAGUUUGUGUGGGACUCAGAGGUUGAUGGAUGCCCCACCAGGCACAGGGCUGCUCACUCUGAGGACUAAAAUGGAUGCAGAAGAAAGAUUUGAGAAGGAGACCAGGAUGACACUGUUUGGAGCACUGCAGCACACGCGUACCUCAGACAUAGACAUAAGACUGGACCUGCCUCCUGUUCCCAGUAAUAUCGAUGUAACUGGGCUGGCUAUCAGGGUGCCUCCCUGUUUAGACCAGUCUGAGGAUGAAGGCUUCCAGUCGUCUUCCAAUCUGACCCCAGACUCUCAGUCAGAGCCCAGUCCCAGUCCAGAACUUGAUUUAUGGGAGGCCCUCCGUACAUUUGAGCCUGGGAGACGGUGCUGCUGGGAAUCUGUUGGCUGCCCACCAGGGAAAAGAGAGUCUCUCUAUCUAACAGAAGGAGGCAGGGAGGCAUUUGACAAGCUUUAUCGACUAUGGGAGGGGGAGAUUAGGGUGGUCAGCACUAGUACACCCUCUCCUCUCCUCCCACUGCCCCUAGACUCUCAGACACAACUUGUAUCUGACCUCCUCAACAUGCUGAUCGGAGUGGCAUCCACGACCUUCCCUCUGAACCAGAGUGUUCAGUUUGAUGUCAGACCCGGCGUCUGCGUGUCAGGAGCUUCUGCCGAGAGUGUGUCUCGUCUCCUGGGGGAGCUGGCCCAAUAUGGCACCUACUACUUGAGGCUUAGUCGCUUUUCUCUGCAGAAUGCAGACAAGAAGGGCCUAGUCUUUCAGGCUUUUACAGGUGGUCUGAGGAAGUAUCUGCAUUACUACAGAGCUUGUGUUCUCAGCACACCGCACACCCUCAGCCUGCUGACUAUCUGCUUCCUCUUCCGCAAAGUGGGCCGGCAGCUCAGGUACCUGUCAGAACUGUGCUGUGUAGAUGGGCCUGUGGGUGCAGGCCAGGCUACCUUCCCUGUGGGUGUUAAACUGCUGUCCUACCUGUACAACGAAGCACAGAAUAACUGCAGCAACGAGAACUAUCCCGUCCUGCUGUCGCUGCUGAAGAGCAGCUGUGAACCUUAUACACGAUUCGUGUCUGACUGGGUGUAUAGUGGUGUGUUUCGAGAUGUUUAUGGAGAAUUUAUGAUACAAGUAAAUGAAGACUACCUCAGCUUCAGAGACAAACACUUCUGGGUUCAAGGCUACACUCUGAUCUCAAAAGAUGUGGAGGAUUGUGUACCCAUCUUCCUGAGACAUAUCGCCAAUGAUGUGUACGUCUGCGGAAAGACCAUCAACCUCCUCAAAAUCUGCUGCCCGCAGCACUACAUCUGCUGGUCGGAGCUGCCGAUGCCUCGCAUCGCCGUUACCUUCUCCCUGCAGGAGGUGGAGGAGAUUGAGAGGGACUGUGCAGUGUACCGCGGACGCAUGGAGAGGAUCGCUAAGCACAGCGCCAUCAGCAGGGAGGAGCAAGCCCUGCGAACAGAGCAGGCACGCCAGGAGCUGAUCAAUCAGGUCAGAGAGUCAGCAGCCAAAACCCUGGAGAGCAUCCGCGGGCGCCAGGUGUCACAACGUCUGGCUGAGGAGGCCAAGAAGAGGGAGCGUUUUGAGGAGCUGAAACAGCACCUGGAGCAGGAGCAAGAGUGGCGAAGUGCAGCCAAGAAGAAGCAGGAGGAGGAUGACUUCAGCUUUGCCAGAGAGCUGAGGGACAGAGAGAAGAGACUACAAGCCCUGGAGGAGCAACUGGAGCAGAGAGCCAGGAAGGAGCUGAUUGCUCAGUACAGCCAUCUGUCAGAGGAAGCAGCUCGCAGAGAGAGACGGGCCAUGUGGAGAGUGCAGCGAAUGAGACUGGAUGAUGCACGUGCUCAGUUCUUCAAACAUGACAAGCAGCAGAUGCAGGCAAUGUUAGAGAAAUAUCCCUUUGGCCAGGAGAGACCUCCCAUGGAAGUAUUGCCAGCAAAAAAACAGCCUUUACCACAAUCAACACCGGAAACUCUCACUCAAGGGUCAUCUGAACAGCAGCCAGAGGAGAUUCAAGAACCUGAAGCUGCAUUGCCACCACGUGACCCGUCUUCCCCUACCCUCACCCCUCUUGCUGUAGACCCUGCCUUAAUUUCUGAAGACAUUGACAUCAAUGACUUCCUGGCCAAGUCACCGAAUCCCGACAGUCAGCAGGUGGACGCAGCCCUACAGGAGAUUGGCUCUGACCUACCUGAAGCCUGUCCUACAGCACAGCUGGUAGACUAUGACUUCAGUGCCCCCUUUAGUCCACUUGAGGGUAUCACUGGCCAAGCCCCAGUUCAACCCAGACCUCGCUGGGGACCUGCAGUUCAGCCUGACUUGAUCCAAAACCAUCCAUCUUUUUCUCACAUCCCCAUUGGAGAGAAUAUGUCACAAAUCCAGAGUAGUGUACCCAAAGCCAGCCCCUUUGGUCAAGCCUCCAAAUCCAGCUUUCCCCUUGGUCAGUACACCCCAGAGGAACCCCAAAAUACAUCGAAAGCCAGUGUUUAUGGUCAUCCCUCUCAAGCCUCAGUGCAACUAGUAGAUGGGAGUGGCUCGAUGACAGACGACAAGCAAGAAAAAGUUGCACCUGUGCCGGAACAGGAGACUGAAAUAGGGAUUUUGGAAAGUAAAGUAGAAGUAAAUAAAGAUGAGAAUAAAACUGCUGAGCCUACAAAAGAACAUGAUGUGGUUGAUACUGCUUCUUCCACCACACCAGAGCAAGGUGGCAAGGAUAAUGGUGAUCACAAAGUAGUGGCAGGUCUUUCUGACAAUGGUGGGAUUGAAACAGUAAUGUCAAACACUCAAGACCACAGCUUAGAUGCUCAAGAUCAAGUUCUCGGUCCUCUCCCUUUGCCAGACAUCCAUAGUCAUGUCUCCAAUGCACACCUAAAGGUUGGGGAGAUGGUUUCAGAUGUUGUUGCCCCUCAACCUUCAUCCAGCGUCCAUGGACAUUCCUCUGACGCUCACAUUAAUGUUGGACAGUAUGUAUCAGAGGUAGCUGCCCCACUGCCAACCCCUAACAUCCAUGGUCACACGUCAGAUUCACACAUCAAGAUUGGAGAACACGUUUCAGAAGUUGAUGCCCCUCUACCUUCCACCAAUGUUCACGGUCACUCGUCUGAUGCUCACAUUAAAGUUGGAGAAAACGUUUCAGACUUUGUUGCUCCUCUUCCAACUCCAAACAUCCACGGUCAUGCUUCAGAUGCCCACAUUAAAGUUGGUGAGCAUGUUUCAGAUGUCGUUGCCCCUCUACCCUCCCCCAGCAUUCAUGGUCACAUGUCAGAUUCCCACAUCAAAGUAGGGGAAAACGUUUCAGAAUUUGUCGCACCACUUACUGCUCCCAGUAUCCACGGUCACUCCUCUGAUUCUAAUAUAAAGGUGGGCGAGUUUGUGUCCAACAUACCUGAAGCAAGACCUCGCUGGAGCAAGCAUGGACAUGCCUCAGAUUGCAUCCUUCAAUCAGGGUGUGUGGUGUCUGGAACUGAACCAGCUUUGGUCCCUUUACCUGGAAGCUCUUAUGGUCACUCCUCAGACUCAAAAUUAGGAGGUGGAUGUGUGGUUUCAGGACCAAAACGUUCUCCUCCUCCCAGCAAUGCACAUGGCCAUUCCUCAGACUCAAGUUUAGGCCUCGGAUGUGUAGUGUCCAAAACUGAUCCACUUCCAUCACCGCUACCAGGCAGCGCGUACGGCCACUCCUCUGAUUCGACACUAGGGGUGGGAUGUGUGGUGUCAGGGAUGGAGCCACAACACUCUGUGCCACGAGGCAGCGCUUACGGCCACUCAUCAGAUUCUUCACUUGGAGUUGGAUGUGUGGUGAAGGGCAAAGGCAGAGGAGAUCAGCAGAAAACAGAGGAUAAUGAAGAAAGUAAAGGUUCCAAGUCGGAGAGCUCUGGUGAACAGCUGGCUGAGGCCAUGGGGUCCUGGGCAGCCAGCUUUGGUUUGUCCCCUGGAGAAAAGUCUGAGCAGGAAUACCUCUUUGCUUUGUCUUGCCAGUACCAGGUGGAACACUAUGAAGACUGCUACAACGUUAUGGCUUCAUCCCCAGAGUGUCAGCUGCUGAAGCAGGUAACUCGCGGCCCCUGGGGCCUUCCUAUGGACCCCACACUCCGCACAGCCACAGACACCACUCCUGUCCAGCUCAGCGAGAUGGUUUCUCUGCCAGUUCUGAUAAAAAACUCUGUCACUACCCCGCUCAUCACACAUGUGUCCUUGGUGAACAAGGCAGUGGUGGAUUACUUCUUUGUGGAGUUAGGGGUGGAAAGACACUUUGAGGCGCUGCGCCACUUCCUGCUGAUGGAGGAUGGCGAGUUCGCACAGUCCCUCAGUGAUCUACUGUUUGAAAAGCUGGGCAGCGGCCAGACUCCCGGCGAGCUGCUGACCCCUCUGGUCCUGAACUCCAUCCUCAGUAAGGCCCUGCAGUACAGCUUACAUGGAGACACGCCCUUGGCUGGCAACUUCACCUUCGCCUUGCGCUUCCUCCCAGAGACCUUCCACCCUCACGCCCCCGAUUCUCUCAACUGUCUAGAGCUACGCUACAAGGUGGACUGGCCGUUGAACAUCAUCAUCACAGACAGCUGCAUGAACAAGUACAACCGUCUGUUCUCGUUCCUGUUGCAACUCAAACACAUGGUGUGGAGCCUCCGUGAUGUCUGGUUCCACCUCAAGAGAACAGCGCUGGUGAAAGGUGCAGGUCGCUCGGUGCAGUUCCAUCAGCUGCAGCUUUACCGACAUGAGAUGCAGCACUUUGUCAAGGUAAUACAGGGAUACAUCGCCAACCAGAUCCUGCAAGUGUCCUGGAGCGAGUUCACAGCCAAGCUGGCUACUGCCAGUGACCUGGAUGCCAUCCACCGCACGCAUGCAGACUACCUCAACAGGGCCAUCUUCAGGGGUUUGCUGACAGAGAAAGCAGCUCCGGUCAUGAACAUCAUCCACAGCAUCUUCAGCCUGAUCUUGAAGUUUCGCGCCCAGCUGAUCGCACAGCCAUGGGACAGCCAUCAGGGGGAGGCAGUGCACCCCAGCUUCAUUGCCAUGCAGCAGUCGUACAACACCUUCAAGUAUUAUUCUCACUUCCUUUUCAAAGUGGUGACCAAGCUGGUGAACAGAGGCUACCAGCCUCAUUUAGAGGAUUUCCUUCUUCGCAUUAACUUCAACAACUACUACAAAGACUCCUGAGCUGUGAGCCGCUGUGUGUAGUGUACAUGAGCUAAGUGUCACGAUUUGACAUAUUAAGGAUACUCAUCCCAUGAACCAUAGUAUGUUACCUUUAUGUGUUUAUCAGACAUACAUAAUAACAAACCAGGUUCUUUCUGGUCUUCAUUUCAAUGUCCAAAAUACAUUUAAAACCCCACCUGUGCUGUAUGUUAGGGCAUGGAUUUGACCUUGAAACCAGUUAAUCAGCUUGCAUCAAUGUGCAGGAUUUGAACUACAUGUCUGUUUGCUUGAUUCAUGAGACUCUGCCUUUAAAAUUGUACGCUGCCAAAGUUUGUGAUUGAGAUGAAGCUGCUGCUUCAUGUAAUGUCUCCCAUGCUCAGGUGUGCCUCCCACUAUGUAGAUUUUAAGUGCUGGCCUAUGGGCUGCAUAUAAAUUAAGUCAAUUAUCUGUAAAUAUAAAAAAAGCUUUGUUUAAUAAAUGCUCUAUUCACUGGU